GGGUUGAGAAGUGAGAAUUUGAGAUGAAUUAGAAGCAAACGGGGCCUACGAACACGACGCGGUGUAAUUGCGAGUAGGUUGGAAUCGAAUUGAAUCAAAUCACGUUUCUCACCUCCUUCCGCUCACUGCCACUCCUUUCUCUUCUGCUCUCUGCUCUGAUUUCCUCUUUCUCUACUUUUGCGCCUGAUACGUAUCUUCUUUUCUAGGUGGUGGUUUGUGUCUUCUGAUGCUUAGGACUUAGGAGUGUGCCAGCUACUCAAAUACUCCCUCCACAACACCGCAAAAAUCUGAUUGGAUGCCUAGAGUGGACCACUAAUGAUCCCAUUGAAGUCCAAAUGAUCCGUUAUGCUUGGUCAUUUUACCUAUUGUGAUUGAGAAUGUGGAACUUUGCUUCAAACUGUAUUGCUGGAAGUGUGCGGCAGAAAAAUGAUUCCACAAAGCCAACUCAUUCUGCAUCGGAAUGUUCUGAUGAUGAGAAUUCGGUUGUUGGGAGAGAAGAAGGGUUGGAAUGCCCAAUAUGCUGGGAAUCUUUCAACAUUGUUGAAAAUGUGCCCUAUGUAUUGUGGUGUGGCCACACCCUUUGUAAAAAUUGUAUCCUGGGACUGCAAUGGGCUGUUGUGAAGUUCCCAACGCUGCCAAUUCAACUUCCUCUCUUUAUCUCCUGCCCGUGGUGCAACCUUCUAUCUUUCCGUCUGGUUUAUCAAGGGAAUAUUAAAUUCCCUCGCAAGAACUACUUUCUUCUUUGGAUGGUUGAGAGCAUGAAUGGUGAUAGAGGGAAAUCGCACUCAAAUUGUGGUGGUGAUAAUCAACAACAUUGGCCAAUUAAAGACAAUUUAACCAUGGGAAGCUAUGUAAGCCAUGGAAAUGCCCGGAGGAGCCAAGUUCACCACCCAGAGACAUCUGGUUCUGGCCCUUAUCAUGGCAAUACCGGCGACUAUCUCAGUAUGGAAAGGCUGCAUGCUUCUCUUCGGAAGUCGCUGGUUUUUGUUGUCCAAUUGACAGCUAAGUUCCCAUUGGUCAUUAUAUUUCUUUUGAUCAUCUUAUAUGCGAUACCAGCUAGUGCUGCCAUCUUGGCUCUGUAUAUACUAGUUACGAUUCUCUUUGCUCUCCCGUCAUUUCUCAUCUUAUACUUCUCAUAUCCUAGUUUGGAUUGGCUUAUCAGAGAAAUUGUCACUUGAAACCGUGAAGCAGAAAGUGCCAAUUUCGCAAGCAUUAUGACUAAUGUUUGCUUCCCCCAGUGGCACCCUUUAUCUGAUAUCUUUUACUUUGUAAUUAGCCAAUUCCUUUUACAGGUUGCAUCUUUUCUCUUUUCCAUAUAGAGCCUCAGUAUAAUUGAGUAUUGAUUUUAGCUCUGGUAGAGCUUGGUUCAUUUGUAGGUGUGAUAAAAAUGUUUAGGCCCCAUUUUGGUGGCUAAUAGUGAUUUAUCAAUACAACUUAUACUUUGUACGGACAAAUGGAUAGUCCUUUCUAUACUGUUAAACUUUUAUGUUUGUAAGUUGUAGUUA